CCCAAAUCACAGAGAAAAAUGAAGUUCCUAUAUCAAACUGCAGGCCAGAUUCUCAUUAUUGUGGGGAGUCUCAGUGUAUUUUCUGGAGUUAUUGCUUUCUUCCCUGUCUUUUCUUACAAGCUUUGGUUUACAGGAUGGAGUGUAUGGAUUGCAUGUCCUAUCUGGAAUGGGGCUUUGGCCAUCACAGCUGGCAUCCUGCUACUGUUGUCUUCCAAACAGUGGACACAGAGAUACCUGUGGGAAGCUUGUUUCUCCUUUGUGAUUCUGAGCAUUAUGGGAUGUCCACUUCACUUUGCCAUAGCCUUGGAAUCUGCUUUCCUUGGCCCCUAUUGCUUCUACUCGUUUUCAGGGGUUGCCGGGACCAAUUACCUCGGAUAUGCGGUUGCCUUUCCCUUUCCAUACACAAAAUUCCCACUGGUUUGCGUGGACCCACUGCACUAUGAAGAAUACCACCUGACACUUCAAGCCCUUGACUUGUGCCUGAGCUUUGCUCUGUUCUGUACAUCUCUGACAGUGUUCAUGAAGAUCUCUGCACGACUCAUCCAGAAUGGACACAUCCAUGUGAGCUUCAACCAAAGAGAACCUAGAGCUUUACCAAUCACAGCGAACAAAAUGGAAAAUCUCACACAGAAAUAGCUCUCUCUCUCUCUCUCUCUCUCUCUCUCUCUCUCUCUCUCUCUCUCUCGUUUGCCACUACAGCCUGUAUGAUUAUGCUACUCAGUGACUGACACAAUAUAGGUGCUCAAUCAUUGUUUAUGAACAAAUGAAUAGAAAUAUAUCGAUGUGACUUCACAUAUGUGGAAUCUACAGAACUCAAACUCACAGAAUCAAAGAAUAGUAUAGUUGUUGCUGGCACCUAGAAGUGGAUGGCAGGGAAUAGAAACAAUUUGAUCAAAGGGUAAACUUUCAACUCCAUGAUGAAUGAGUUCUGGGGAGCUAAUGUAUAGUAUGUAUAAUGUAUAGUCUGGGCAUCAUGACUAGUGUGCCUACAUUGCAUACAUAUAACCUGCUAAGAGAGUAAAUCUUAACUAUUCUCACCAAACAUCUGCACAUGGUAACCACGUGAGCUGACAGAUGUGUGAGUUAAGCUGAUUAUAAUAAAUAUUUCGAUCACCAUGUUAUACAGUGUUUAAUUUAUACAAUGUUACUCAUAAAUUUUUCAUUCCUCAAUAAAAAUCCAAGAAUAAUGAAGUACAAAUAAUGCAGGAAAUACUAAACUUUUUGUAAGUAUUGAUUGUGCAUCCCUUUAUUUUGUUUUAAGUUUGAGAGGUCAUAAGGAUAUAGACUAUUUUAGGUAGGUAGGAAUGGUCAAAAAUAUAAACACUAACU